AUCUGUAGUGGAAUUGCAACAAAGCGGUAGCUACUGUUGCCGCAGUUGUAUCUUCUGCUUCACGAUGUUUCCUGUGGUCAGAAAUGCGCUAAGUCGUCUCCAAGUUCGAAGCAUUCAACAAACAAUGGCAAAGCAGAGCCACCAGACACGUACACCUGAGUUUCAUGACAAAUAUGGUAAUACUGUAUUAGCUGGUGGAGCCGCGUUCUGUAUUGCUGUAUGGACAUAUACAGCAACACAAAUUGGAAUAGAAUGGAACCUGUCCCCUGUUGGCAGAGUCACCCCAAAGGAAUGGAGAAAACAGUAAUCAUCCUGUCGCGUCCCUCGACCAGCAAGGAAGACGCAACCCGAACUCUUCUUCAAGCAGUUUAUUCAGGAACCUUGAACAAGCUUCUUCUUCCGCCUCCUUCCCUCUCCCAUCCCUCUUAUAGCCAUCAGCACACCAAUCAAAAGCAGCCAAGUGGCAAGGAUUGAUAGGUACAGCAAUGCGGAAGCCGGAAGGGAGCUCAGCCAUCUCCUUAUUAGGAGUUGUUUGUUUCUCGCCAGUCCUUCCGGGAGAAAGGAGCCGGCGCCAUCUUUAGGAUGCCGUGCAAGGGCUCCCCACAUCAUCCCAGCUGGUGUAAUACUGAAUUGCUUGAAAACCAACUCAUAAGUGAUGCCAAGUAAAAGCACUGUACCAGUCAAAAUAUUGCAUUAUUGAAGAAAUAAAGUAAAUUUGAAACAUUAAAAAAAAA